AAGGAUUUCAAAUGAAUUCAAAGUUAGUUUUAUUUAUUGUUGUUGGCUGGAUUUUUCCAGUCCUUAACGCUAAUACAGAAGAAUGGGAUGAGGUAUGGACGAAACAGAGAGAUGAGGCGCGGAACCGUACUCUUGAGGCUUACCACCCACAUCCCGAAAUGAUAGUCAAUCAUUUAAAUGCCCACGUCAACAGAGUAUUGAAAGAAAUAGAAGUAGAUGACGAAAAAAAUCUAUGGUCAAAUGGCACGAGAAGACAUCUAAUGCAGAGCAAAGGUCCAUGUACGGCGACAAACCCAAUCGACAAAUGUUGGAGAUGUCAAGCCAAUUGGGCAGACAACCGAAUGAAGUUGGCCGACUGUGUGUUGGGGUUCGGGAUAAAGACGACCGGGGGAAAGGGUGGUAAGAUUCAUGUGGUUACCGACCCUUCUGACGAUGACGUACAAAAUCCUAAAGCAGGAACCCUACGGCACGCUGUGAUCCAGAAAGAGCCAUUGUGGAUCAUAUUUGAUAAAAACAUGGUAAUCAAGUUGACACAAGACUUGAUGAUGCAGGGUGACAAGACGAUCGACGGACGUGGGUUUAAAAUUGAGAUUACGCAAGGCGCCGGAUUAAGAAUACAAAAUAUGAAGAAUGUGAUCAUCCAUGGAAUCACGAUUCGUAACAUCGUGAGGACAUCAGGUGGACUUAUUAGGGACUCAGUUGACCAUGUUGGGAUGCACUCUCAGAGUGAAGGUGAUGGAAUAACCAUCUUUGGAUCACAAAAUAUUUGGAUUGAUCAUGUCACUAUGGCCAAAUGCAUCGAUGGGAUGAUUGAUGCAACCCAAGGUUCCAAUGCAAUCACCAUCUCCAACAGUCACCUCACCGAUCACGAUAAGACAAUCCUUUUUGGUUCAGACGAUGAUUUCAAAGAUGAUGUGAAAAUGCAAGCCACAGUGGCGUUCAACCAUUUUGGGGAAGGAUUAGUGCAGAGACUGCCGAGGUGUAGAUUUGGUUAUUUCCAUGUUGUUAACAACGAUUACACACGUUGGUUAAUGUAUGCCAUUGGUGGGAGCAGCAAUCCCACCAUUAUUAGCCAAGGCAACAGAUACCUUGCUGGGGACGCCAAAGAGGUGACCAAAAGGGAGGCCGAAGAAUCGGAAUGGAAGAACUGGACAUGGGUAUCGGAGGGGGACGUAUUCUUGGGAGGCGCAGUUUUUGUUCCAUCGGGAGAUCAGGGUUGGGCAAAGAAGCAUCCUGAGGUGUAUGACAAGGUUGCAGCAGCGCCCGGUGCUAAUGUGGAAGAAUUAACUAAAUUUGCAGGGGUACUGGAAUGCGAAGUAAAUAAACCAUGUUAGGAAAUUGAGGGACAUAGACUUUUACUUUAUUCCGCAAGUGAGCAGAUAAUCUCUCCGUAUAAUUAUUUAGGUUAUUUUAUGAUUUAUUGUUUAGUUGUUAUGGUUUGAUUUAGUUUCCAAUAGUGGUUAAAAUUUGAUUUGUUUUUCUGGUUUAUA